GAUGGCAGUAUUGGGGCACUGAUAAGGAAAUUGAUCGUCAAAACAAGAACGUGAUCUUAUCCGCCCAAUUGCAACACAGGAGAGCUUGGUUUGUAAAGUGAAUUUUGGGUGGUGUGAGGCAAAGGUCGUUGGAUUGCUGUUGCAACAGGUUGGGAGCAAACAAGAACACGAAAAUGAAUUUUCUUCUGGAGUCGCUUGUCACCUUGUUCCUGUCGCUGUACUACAUAUUGGAAGCAUUAGUACUGCUAGUGGUGCCGGUGCGCAGGAAGAAUGUGAGUGGGGAGAUUGUACUUGUGAGCGGAGCUGGCAGUGGUAUCGGGCGGUAUGUAGCUCUCGAGUUUGCUCGCCUGCACGCCACACUUGUACUCUGGGAUAUCAAUGAGGAAGGCAACAAGGAGACUGCCCGACAGGCCCGAGAGAAAGGAGCUUCUGGAGUGUACAAUUACAUUUGUGACUGCAGCAAAAAAUCAUCGGUGUACGAAGUAGCCGACAAGGUAAAAAGAGAGGUUGGAGAUGUCAGUAUUCUAAUAAACAAUGCAGGUAUUGUUACUGGAAAGAAAUUCAUUGAAUCAUCAGAUGACUUGCUGGAGAAAACUAUGGAAGUGAACAGUCUUGCACAUUUUUGGGAAAAGCAUGUGUGCCUGUCUUAUUUACCCUGGAACUGAGAGAGAC